GGCGGCCGCAAAUUAGUGCUAGAUCGACAGUCUCUCACCGGUAGUGAUCAUUUGGAACCAUUAUUUAUCGCUGUGAUGAUGCCGCUAUCUCAAAAUCCGGGAUAUCGACACGGGCGAUCUGGUUGAUCUAGUGCGUAAUUAUUUGGAUGAUUUAGUGCACCCGUAAUAUCCGGUCCAACGUAUUGAGUUGACGCACUCAGCAAGUGGGAAAUAGUUAAACCGAGAGCUUGAUUCAUCGUUCAACAACAAUAGUGGAACUCUACGUGGAAAAAAUCUCCCCGAAUGGAAGAAGAAAAUACACACUGAUUCAGCUUGCAUUUCACAGACGACGGAUAUACACGGAAAAACGAUUUCCAUUAUUUACAUACGUAUAUUCACGUUCAACAUUGUACAGUCUGUAAUUGCGUUGAAAUAAACGGUUCGCAUUUUAACUUCCAAACCGAUACGUGUUAUUCCAGCUGAUGCCGAGCUGAGUCCAGAUCGUCUACACGAAAAAAGAUUCUACGCACUCGAUAACUGUAUUGUCAUAACCUCCAAACACCCCCUGACGAUAACAACGAUAGAAGCGCUCGCAUUUUCCCACAGGUUAGUUGAAGUGAUUUGGGAUGCAAAAUUGCUAAUUAACAGGUGUUCAGUAGCAGUAGCUGUCGAAAGGGCGGUCCGGUCCGUUUAAAUAGGCCCUACAAUCGAUGAGGUGUGUUCAGUUGGUUUGUGUUUGGCGAUCGGUGGUGAUCGGAUAGAUUCCCGAGCUUCCGAAGUUCCCGAUAUAGUUUUAGUUCGUAUAUUAAAACAAGAAAAAAAGUGAAACACUGAGGAUUUAAAAUGAAUACGAAACAAGUGGUGUUAUAUUUGGGGUUGUUCGUCCUUCUUGGAAUGUGUGGUGUCCAGGGAGCUGCAAUUCGUGAAAAAAGACAACUCAACUCUUUUCUUACUCUAACUGGAGAGUCCAAUGCGAGGAUUGAAAAUGGAACCAUUUUCUGCGACACGCUGAAAUGCCCCGCCGAGUCGUUCAAGUGUAUCAUCGUCAAGAACAACACCAAGGACGACAUCAACCAGAUAGAGGUGACACGCGAGUGUCUCGAUCCAGCCGGCAAGGCUACCGCCAAAACGGUGGAACGCGAACCGAACAAAUUCCCGGGGGCACAGUUCGAGAGUUACGCGGAAAUUGAUAAGAACGGAAACAUCGCUUCGUUCGACAACCGAGGAAACUCGUACAACCACUCGGGCAGUGGCGAUGUGCACUCGUAUCUGUACCAGCAGAUUGAAGAUCUUCACAAGGCCAUUCUCGACCAGCUGCAGAACGCUGGCAGUACCACCUAUGGGAUUCCGUAGAAAGCGCUCGCGCGCGUGUUGAAUCUGCGUCUCAUGAUUGGGCAUCGAGUGAUUUCGGGAGUGUAUAUUCCAGUGAUAGCUGAAUGAUGAGAAUUACGUUCUGAUGUUGAUAUAAUAAACUUUGUUUUGACAUGUUACUGAUACUUUGCCAGUAGAACUGGCAUAAAUGGUUGUCUAUGUUGAGCGUGUGCAUCUUGUUUUCCCACGAUUAGCAUAGACGAUCACAUUGUCUUUUUCAGUCCAGCGAAAAAAAAUUAAGACGGAUUGGAUUAGUUUGAAUCACAUGGAUCGGUUUUUAAUUAUUCAGUUGUGAUAUGUAGAUAAAUAAAAAUGAGGCAUUUGUUAACAUUA